CCCCCUCCCCAUGACCCCGAAUUGGAUUAAAUCUCCCCUCUCAGGCUGAGCAAAGUCCCACCCUGUUUGGACAAAAUCACAUGGGUAUGACACAUUUCACAUGGCCAGUGCUGAGUGAACUCACAUGCAGGCUUACACAACGUGUCGACACACUUUAAAGAGCCAGACUUCACAGGAAUGAUGCAUCCUGUGGGACCGGUGAGGACUGAUACUUGCAAGAGAAACAGCAGGCAGAGCUCAGGGGUGUCAAGAAGCUUUUAAAAGGAAGGAACGCGUUUUAGGAUGACAAGGCGUUUGCGCUAUCGCUCCAGGACAAUCUGUCUGUCCUUGGCCAUUAUUACAAUUUUCCUCCACCUCCUCCUGGCAAUUGCUUUGCUUUCCACUCACCACCUGCCCUGUGACCCCCCAUUGCCACCAAAGACACAUUUCCUUAAAGACUCGGGAUGCACCAACUGCAACACGGUGGGAGUCAAAGGUCCGGCUGGGCCUCUAACUGAUACCAUACAAAAGGAUUUUUCCAGCAAAGAUGCCAAAAAGGAUACCAAAGGUCAAGUGAAAAAGCUUUCGUACAAAAGCUGGCCAGUGAAAGGAGGAAGACACGCCCUGGUCGCCACAGCAACGGCUCAGGGUCACAAUCAAACUGAGUCUUUUGAGUCUGACUUGUCAAAGUUGGUGGCACUGUUUGACCAUCCACUUUACAACAUUCCCAAGCCAACAAUCCCUGAGGAGGACUGGCUGCUAAAAGUGAAGCCAAAGGUGAAGGCAAGUGAGAGAAGCUCCCAGAUGUGGGUGAGUGCCAGCCAAGAAAACUAUGAGGACGUCCAGUGGAACAGCAGCAGCAGCAGCCACCCUCCAUGGCUGCGCUUCCACCUGGGCAUCACACGCUGGGAGCUGUACCCACAUCCCGACCCCGAUAUUGAACUUUUGACCCAGCAGCUCGCCACCAAUCGCGUCGUCAGUGCAGUGCAGAAGUCUGGAGGGACACAAUUGAAGCUGGUGAUGUCAUUUCCCAACUAUGGACAAGCCUUGUUAAAGCCAAUGAAGCAAGAGAGACACGAGGAGACCAACUUCAACCUCUACUACUUCUCAGACUUUGAGAGACAUAAUGCAGAAAUUGCAGCUUUUCAUUUGGACAGAAUCUUGGGUUACAGGAGAGUUCCACCUGUGGUUGGACGGCUUGUGGAUGUGGUCAAGGAGAUCCAGGAGAUCACUACUGACCGGAAGUUGGCCAGAACCUUUUUUUCCUCCCCUGUGGGAAAUGUGUGCUUCUAUGGCGAGUGUUCAUACUAUUGCUCCACGGAGCAUGCUGUGUGUGGCCGUCCCCGGGACCUGGAGGCCUCCCUGGCUGUCAUGCUACCAGAUAAUUCUCUAGCAGCCCGCAGAAGUUGGAGAUCCCCUUGGAGACGCUCAUACAGCCGGAGCAAGUUGGCCAAAUGGGAAACAAACCCUGAAUACUGCUCAACGGUGAAAAAGACCUCCCCCUAUGACAAGGGCACAAGACUGGUGGACUUCAUGGACAUGGUCAUACUGGACUUCCUAAUGACAGUCAACGAGCCCAACUCAAAGCAACGCAACCAAAGUCAGCCUGUUUCUAUGGCAACGAGGCGUCGCAACUUCUUCGCAACCAGACCCUAUGAUCUGCGAGUGGUCCAGUGCAGGGAUGCUGGUUCUGAACACUACAUCUUCUCCCCCAACACUGUACUUCACGUGACAAAGACAGGCUUUGGCGGAGUUGUCAGCCUGGCAGAGUGGUACAGCGAGAUGGCAGCUCAGCAGUACUGUCUCUUCAAUACUGAGCUGUGUCUUGGAGAAAAGCUGACUGUGCAUCCACCAGUCUCUGUGUUUCGAGAAACUGUGAGGGAAUCUCUGCUGACGGCUGGCAGCUCCAUUAUCGACGGCUGCUACUCACCUCUCUCCAAAACACAGCUGGAGUGGCAGAUCAGCAUCAGUGACAUUGCAAACAAAGUUGAGACUGAGCAAGCCAAACUCAUGCAGGAUGCUGAAAAAGAAAUUGAGCAGAUGUGUGAAAACUAUUCAUGGCUGGGGAACAUCCACCUGCUUGUUAGCCAGUGGAGUCCAGAAUCUUUGGAAUUCAUGAAAGGUCAGCCUGCUUCUGUGUAUGAAGACCACAUUAAGAAGCUGCGCAGCUGGGCUGAGAGACUCAGCAUGAUGGACUCAUCUGUCUCCACCUCCAACAGGCUGUUCGUCGUCCAUUGUGCGCAGAUAAAAGAGACUCUAGUUUGGCUGAGUGCCUUUGAGAACCAGUUGCGGCUGACCAUGGCAAAACUCACAAAACAAUGUGCUGUGCUGCGAAACAACCUCAAGCCUUACAGUCAAGAUUCGUCAAUAGAGCGGACAGUUAUGAGCAUCCGGCUCUGCUACCCUGACAGGUUGGAGGAUACACAGCCUGAGUUGGAUCUGCUUUCUGAAUAUCCUCUUCAGUGUCUGCUGGUGGCCGAGGAGGCCCUGAAGUUCUCUCAGGCAGUCAUGCUCGUCGGCCCUGCAGGUAGCGGGAAGACAACCUGUUACAGUAUGUUGGCUGGGGCUCUCAACAGGCUGGCCUCCAAUGAAGUCGAGUACCACUCUGUGGAAGGCUGUGUGGAGAAGUGA